UUUAGUUAACUCUGAUUGUCAAAUUGGUGACAGAAGCAAAAGGUAAAAAUCCAAUACCGAAAAAUGGCGAUUUGGAGUUCGCUUGCACGUUCAACGCAAUGCGCGGCUCAAUUAAGUGCUUUGAUUAAAAGUCCAGUUUUCUGCAAUGCUGGAAAAAAUGUAUUGGUGCAAAGCAGAGCAAUGUCCGGACAUGGACCCAAAACAUUUGGAAUUACGCCUUCGAGAUUUCAAUGGCAUAAAUUUAAGGAUAUGUUUCAUUUCUAUAUCAUGCUUGGUUUGAUCCCAGUCGUUGCAGUGGUUUUUUAUACCAAUGUUUUCAUCGGUCCAGCACAGCUGACGGAAACUCCAGCUGAUUAUGUACCGAAACAUUGGGAAUACCACAGCCAUCCGAUUACGCGUUUUAUCGCCCGCUAUAUUUUGCCGAAUCCUCAACAAGAUUAUGAGAAAAUUUUGCAUAUGCUGUACGAAGAAAAUGAAAAAAGGGAAAUGCUGGAAUUAGAGAAGCAGGUUCGUAAUAAAAUGGCUGAGCGCAACGAUUACCAGUCCUACUAUUAUCGCCCGGCAAUCGGAAAGUAUCACCGGGUUGCGAAGGAAGCAGCAGAUUAUCUGGAAUCUAUCCGCGGAGAUUAAACUGCUAUUUUCGUUUUGUAGAUAUAUUUAUAAAUAAAAAAACUCAAUAAAUUAGGUGUAGCUGUUGCACUUCAACUAAA